AUGUCAGAUGCGACUGUUAUAGUGACUCUUCCCUCGGUCUCCCGGCGCCCUUGCCUUUGUCCCACUUCGCGCGAAAAAAACCCUCGGCCCGGCUCAUCGUUCCUCCGACGCAACAAAAAUAAAUUAUCAAAAUUAUACAAAGACGACAAAAAAGAAGAAGACGACGACAAGACAACAGAGAAGAGAAGAGAAGAAGACGACGACAGAGAAGAGAAGAGGAGAAUAAGAGAGAGAAGAGAGAGAGGACAUGCAAUGGCAACGACGCAGCCGCCGGUCCGCUUCACCGGGCAUGAGUCUCUCGCGCAGCGUCUCGUUCUAUCAACCAUCACCGGACGAGCUAUCCACGUCUCCCAGAUCCGUUCGUCCUCGCUGAGUCCCGGUCUGGCGCCCUAUGAGAUCUCCUUUCUGCGUCUGCUGGAAGCUGUCACCAAUGGCGCCCAUCUGGAAAUCUCCUACACCGGUACAAUACUUCUGUACAAGCCCGGUCUCAUCACCGGAAGCGCAGCUGGAGUCGGCGCCAGUCGCGGCGUCGUAACGCAUGAACUGCCGGCAGGAUGCUCUCGCGGAGUCAGCUACUUCCUGCUGCCAUUGUGUCUUCUCGCGCCUUUCUCCAAGGCCCAGGUCAACGUCCUCUUCACCGGUCCUGGCGUCAUCACAUCUUCCACCCCGUCUGGCGAUAUUUCCGUCGACAGCGUACGAACCGCCAUUCUCCCUCUAUUUGCGCAGUUUGGGAUCUCGAAUAAUGUCGAGCUCCGGGUAUUGCGGAGGUCCAAUCCUGGUCCUAAUGGCAAGGGAGGCGGUGGAGAGGUGCAGCUCGUUUUCGGCCACCAGGUUCGCCUGCCCAAGACGCUUCACCUGUCAAAUCCGGGGAAAGUAAAGAAGAUUCGUGGCGUAGCAUACUCGACUGGCGUGUCGGGCACGAAUAAUGCCCGGAUGAUCGAUGUUGCCAGAGGAGUCCUCAAUCCCUUGGUAUCUGACACCUAUAUCUUUUCAGAUAUAUCAGCUGCCCCACUAGUUCCUGCUCCAGAUAGGACCAACCCUUCGGCAAAGAAGAAGAUUGGUGUUGGGUUCGGUCUCUCGCUUGUAGCUGAGUCGUCCACCGGAUGUCUAUACUCCGCCGAUGUGGCAUCCCCGCCGUCCGGAGGCCAGCCCCCUGAAGACAUUGGCAAACAGUGUGCUUAUCAGCUGCUGGAAUCCAUAGCAACCGGUGGCUGUGUAUCCAUGGCUGCGGCGCCCACGAUCCUUACCCUCAUGUCUAUGGGCUCAGAGGACGUCGGACGACUGCAGGUAGGCCGGGAUGUUGUUUCUGAUGAAACCGUUGUCCGUCUUGCAAGGGACCUGAGCAAGCUUGGGGCCGCAGGAUGGGGUGUACGAGAGGCCUCGGGCUCAGACGAUGGAGAUGUUGUUAUCAGCGUUGUCGGAAGGGGUAUUGGCAACGUCGGCAGGAAGAUUGCCUGA